CUUCACCAUGAACCACCAAUGAUGCUCCGUCGUGCCAAUUGGAACUACAGUAUAGCUACGUGCCGUCGCACUACACUCCUGGCCAGACGUCGUUUUGCCAGCCUGGCUUUGCCCCCCAAAUCCUCCGGUUACGGACGAGUAGUUGGAGCCUUUGCAACAGGUUUGGCAAUCGGCGGCUUGUACACCUUCUUUGGCGGUGAAAAAGCGGCUGUGGCCGAAGCCCCAGCUGUCAUUGACAGAUCCACAAGUCCGUUGGACACCCUUGACACCCCUCGCUACGCUAACGAGGACGAGUUCAACACUGCCCUUGACAAGAUCAAGCGAGUUGUGGGCGCCCAAAACACUAGUCUGGACGCCGACGUGAUCAGUUCCCAUGCUGAUACCUUCUUCUCGACCCACCACCCGCCCAAACCCGAUCAGAAGCCCCAUACCGUGAUCUAUCCCGAGAAUACCGACCAGGUAUCGCAAGUAUUGAAAAUUGCCCAUGAGUACAGAGUCCCAGUGGUUGCCACCUCGGGGUUGACGUCAUUGGAGGGCCAGAUGAUGCACACACGAGGCCCCUACAGUAUUUCGCUCAACUUUGGCCAUAUGGACCAGGUACUCGCAGUUCAUGAAGACGACUUGGAUGCGGUUGUCCAGGCAGGGGUCGGCUGGCAGGACCUUGACGAGCACUUGCUUAGCAGCGACAAGUCCAAGCACCUCAUGUUUGGUCCCGAUCCGGGUAUGGGAGCUACAAUCGCCGGAAUGGUGGCUACUUCUGCCAGUGGGACUAAUGCCUACAAGUACGGCACCAUGAAGGAGAACGUGGUCAAUUUGACGGUGGUAUUGGCGGACGGAACGGUUCUCAAGACCAAGCAACGUCCACGCAAAUCCAGCGCAGGCUAUGAUCUCACUCGUCUAUUCAUUGGCUCCGAGGGAACGCUCGGAGUAAUCACUGAAAUCACCGUCAAACUACACGUUAGACCAGUGAAAGAGUUGGUCAGCAUUGCGUCAUUCCCCACUAUUAAGGACGCCACGUCUGCAGCCCAGGAGAUCCUUUCUCGGAGCGGACUCCAGCCCAAUGCUAUAGAGAUCUUGGACUCCACCAUGAUGUCGUUUGUCAACGAGGCGCAAACCGACGGCGCCAAGCAGUUCCUCGAAAACCCUACCUUGUUCUUCAAGAUCGGGGGCGCCAACCAGAAAGUUAUUGAGGACCAGACAGCUGUGAUUCAGAAGAUAGCUGAGAAAAAUAACCUCAUCAAGUACGAGCAGUCGACUGACGAGUCGGAGAAUGCCGUCUUGUGGCAGGCCAGGAGAAAUGGGCUCUGGUCCACCAUUCAGUUUGGAGCCAAGAUUUUGCCUGAUAAGGACGACGUCCAGCUUUGGACCACGGAUAUAGCCGUACCCAUCUCGAAGUUGUCCCAGGUAAUCUCCGAGACAAACGAUGAUCUCAACAACUCCGGAUACUUCAAGAAAUUUGCUGUAAUGGGGCAUAUUGGAGAUGGUAACUGUCACUUUUUGAUUUUGUACAAUACUCCCGACUACCGCAAGACCCAAGAAAUAGUCGACAGAAUGGUCGAACGAGCUAUUGGCCACGGAGGUACUUGUACUGGAGAGCACGGAGUUGGUGUGGGCAAGCGGAAGUAUCUUGUGAAGGAGUUAGGCACUACUAGUGUGGACUUGAUGAGACAUAUCAAGUUGCUGUUGGAUCCCAGAAGGAUUUUGAAUCCUGAUAAAAUCAUUAAAAUAGAUCCCAAUGACGAUCUUGACCGGUUGUUGGACCAUGGCUUGGUGAAGGAGGCUGGAUGCUGCCACGAGUAGGCAAUCAGCCAUUCAAUGUCUCCUUGAAGCCUCGAGAAAAAACGUGCGGCCUGAGCAGUACAUAGAUGGAUAGAGACUACAUACUGGCUGAUGGAUAUUUCUAACAUUAUAACUUGUAUCAACAUUGUUUUCUUAUGAUCUAUGAUAUUUUUGUCUUGGAGUACCUCCUA